GUCGCCGACAGUUUCCCAAGUAGGUGUGGUGCGCUAAGCCAAUAUUUUUCCGUGUGUAUUUUCCGCCGUUAUUUGUUUUUUUCGUUUUCAUAAAACUGAGGAGAGACUCAUUGUGUGCUACACAUACAAGAAAGUAGCAGUUUUCAUUGGAACAAGUCGUGCAUGCCGCGCCAAAAAAUGUGACAACCACUUAUCGAGCAUAAUAGCAAACUAAUAGCGUAAAAUAUUCUUUGUUUGUGUUUGUUUUCACUUCAUUUGUUGCAAAAGUUUUUUUUCGCUGACACUCAAAGCGGCACUUGCCACUUGUUGCAUGACCGCAUACGAUAAGCUGUACGCUUAUCUAACAAACCAGUUAUUUAUUGCUCGUCAAAUUUUCCGCCGCUCUGCGCUUUGUGCACACAACACCAACAAGCACACACACACACACAUACACGGCGGAGAGUAAUCGCUUAUGUAUUUGAAAGUAAUUUGCUCGCGUGCGAUUUCUCUAAACCGAAGCGAAGCGCUUUUCGCCACCGCGCCCACACCAGCAAAGACCUUACACGACGCGCGACGAACGGCAGCGGGCGCGCGGUCGUCGUCUAGCAUAGUGUGUGUUGCAUUUGUUCUGCGACCGAGUUAUUGACCCUUGCCAAACGAGAUUUUUCGCAUUCUACAACAAAUUUUCCAACGCGAAACACGCAGCGGCGGCGUCUUAUACCGUCCGUCGGUUUUUCUUAAGUGCGCGCAAAGUUUUCGUAAGUACUCGUUUCGUGAUACUUGAACGUGUCGACAGUGUUUGAAAUGGAACGCGAUGAUUACGCUUUGAAUCUCGUCGAAAAAAAUAACCGGCAUGGCGGCGCCGGUGGCGUGGUCAUUGUGCCCGCUGGCGGCAGCGGCCCACAGAGCAGCAGCCAUGCAGCGAGCAGCGUUGCGCCAGUGAGCAUACUGAAGACACAAAUCGUGCCAGCACCGCCGAAGACACUGCAGCACUUGCCGAAACGUCCAGCGGUGGACCUGGCCUUCCACGAUCUCACAUAUCGCGUUAAGGAGGGCAAUCGCAGCAAUGCCAAGACUAUACUCAAAGGCGUCAGUGGUCGCUUGCGCUCCGGAGAGCUUACAGCUAUUAUGGGACCGUCCGGUGCUGGCAAAAGUACAUUGCUCAACAUACUCUCCGGCUACAAAACGACAAAUAUCGAAGGUGUCGUCACGAUGAAUGGACGCGAACGGAAUCUGAGCGUUUUCCGUAAACUAUCCGCUUAUAUUAUGCAGGAUAAUCAAUUGCAUGGCAAUUUAACCGUCCAGGAAGCGAUGACCGUGGCCACGAACUUGAAGCUUAGCAGGAAAUUUUCAAAGGCGGAAAAGAACUCAAUGAUCGACGACAUUCUACUCACACUCAGCUUGAGCGAACACCGCAACACACUCACACGCAAUUUGUCUGGCGGACAGAAGAAACGGCUCUCCAUCGCUCUGGAGCUCGUCAGCAAUCCGCCGAUUAUGUUCUUCGAUGAGCCCACGUCCGGUCUGGACAGCUCAACUUGCUUCCAAUGCAUACAUUUGCUCAAAAUGCUGGCGGCUGGUGGUCGCACCAUCAUUUGCACCAUCCAUCAGCCGUCCGCACGUCUCUUCGAGAUGUUCGAUCAGCUUUACACGCUAGCCGACGGUCAGUGUGUGUACCAGGGCAGCACAAAACAACUGGUGCCAUUCCUCUCCACGCUCGGUUUGGAAUGUCCCAGCUAUCACAAUCCGGCAAGUUAUGUGAUUGAGGUCGCUUGCGGCGAACAUGGCGAUCACACGCGCAAAUUGGUCGAUGCAAUCGACAACGGUAAGAAGGACAUACGCUCUGCCGCCGAUUAUGAGGGCUUGAAAAUGCGCAAUGAUUUGGUGAAGGUGCACAAUUUGAAAGCCAUAUUGGAUAAGAAUGCGACAAAUGCAAAUAACGGUAAAUACGAAGAGAACUUGACGCUCAAUAAUGGCAUACUGAAUGGCAAUCUGGUGAAUGACAUUGUGAAGAGUUCGAAUGUGUCGGCAGCCGAUGCCAGCGCUGCGCCCGUGGUGAGCACGAAUGAGAAGGGCGAUGCCAUGAUCGAUGUUGAGAAGGCGGACAACUGCACGACGGCCUUGUUGAACGAGGAGAUCACUUCGCCCGAACGUUAUCCCACAUCGCAGUUCCACCAGUUUUGGGUGGUGUUAAAGCGCACGUUACUCUUCAGUUAUCGCGAUUGGACCCUUAUGUACUUGCGUUUAUUUGCUCAUCUCCUGGUUGGCUUCCUUAUUGGCGCUCUCUACUACGAUAUCGGCAAUGAUGGUGCGAAAGUGUUGAGUAAUCUGGGCUUCCUCUUCUUCAACAUGCUGUUCUUGAUGUACACGUCGAUGACCAUAACGAUUCUGUCAUUCCCGCUGGAGAUGCCGGUGCUGCUGAAAGAGAACUUCAAUCGCUGGUACUCGCUCAAGUCAUAUUAUCUGGCCAUUUCGGUUGCCGAUCUGCCAUUCCAAGCAAUAUUCUGCGUAGUCUAUGUGAGCCUGGUUUACUAUUUCACCUCACAGCCGUGGGAGCUCUUCCGCUUUGGCAUGUUCUUGGGCGCUUGCUUAAUGAUCGCCUUCGUGGCACAGUCCGUCGGUCUCGUAGUCGGUGCGGCGAUGAAUGUGCAGAACGGUGUGUUCUUGGCGCCUGUCAUGUCCGUGCCCUUCUUGCUCUUCUCCGGCUUCUUCGUGUCCUUCGAUGCGAUACCCAUCUACCUACGCUGGAUCACCUACCUCUCCUACAUCCGCUACGGUUUCGAAGGCACCGCUUUGGCCACCUACGGUUAUGGUCGCGAGAAACUUAGGUGCUUCCAGACCUACUGUCACUUCAAGUCGCCGCUCACCACACUCGAGGAACUGGACAUGGUCGACGCUAACUUCACACUCGAUAUUAUUGCACUCAUUGUCAUCUUCGUGGUUCUGCGCGUUUCCGCGUACCUCUUCUUGCGUUGGAAGCUGAACACCACGCGAUAAGAUCGGUGCCAGCGUCUUGAUUUCUUUCAAUUUUCUUUGGUUUUGUUGUGCUUUCUUGCGCUUAGCGCUCGCUGUAAGUGUUUGAAAGCCAUGGCAGGAUCCUCUUUCCAUGCACAUUGUUUUUGUACUUUGUUUAAAUUGAAUAGGUGAUAACAGACACGUAUGUGAACGAAAGUGAUGUCAUAUUGUUAUUUGUACAAUUUUACGAGCAUAAAUUAGGUUAAAACUUUCAAGUUGUGUGAGUUGGGUUAGCGGAGUUUUCGUGACACAAAAUAUCGCGUCUACUGCACACAAGGGAAACACAUACACACACAUACGCGCAUAAUGCGAUGCAUCCUCAACUUCAAUACGCCAAUUUUUCAAAUCUUUUAAAGCAAAAUGAUGAACAAUUUUUUAGAUUUAGGCAAAGCAUACAUUUAUCACUAGCAUAAGCAUUGUACAUACAUAUAUACAAGUAGAGAGUUAGUAAAACGAUAAAACGCUGCUAAUUAAUACGGAACACGAAAUCAAAAAUUUUUAAUAAACAAUUUGAUAUAAAAAGAAAAAUAUAUAUAUAUUUAAUGGCUGCUUUUGUAAGCUGAAUCGAUGUGAAUUUGUUAUGUAAUAACUUUUGUAUGUGCUUAACACAAUUUUUGAUAAAUUUAUAUGUAAUUUUUUAAAUUUUUACCGUUACAAACGUAAGACGACAAAUAAUUCAAACAAAAUUUACCAAUUUACCAAACCACAAAAUAUUUGUUCCGAUCAAUGUAGAAUCGUUGGUAGUGGUAAAUAAGCUUCUAUAGAAGUAAAUCGACAGAAUUCUUACGAAGAUCUGUUGCCGGUUCAUUUACGAAGUAUUCCACUGCGUAUUUUUUUAUAAAUGGUGUUUUUAUAGACAUAUUUAAUCGUAGAUUGUAAGAAUAUUGCUAGAAAAUAAAGAGCUUUACAAGCAAUUUAAAAUAUUA